AUGUCGAAGCAUCGCCUUGAAGACGCCGAGGAAGUGGAGGCCGCGACUCUCCCGCGCAAGAAGUCCAAGAAGGAGAAGAAAGAUAAGAAGGACAAGAAGGAUCGCAAGGAAAAGCUAAGAGAUCUAGAAUCGGCUUCUUCGACUCCAGCAGAUUCAACCCUCGAGGCAACGGUAUCAGAAGUCGACGGCGAGGUUAAGACGAAGAAAAAGGACAAGAAAGAUAAAAAAGACAAGAAAGACAAGAAGAAGGCCAUGAAGAUUGAGGCUGAAUUAAAGGGUGAACAAGCUCCUGAGGGCGAGUUAAAUGGUGAGGAGGAUGAAAAGAAAGACACCCCCGAAGUGAUCAGCGAAGCGCCUUCUCGCGACGAAGUAGAUACGGAUCGUAAAUCGAAGAAGGAAAGGAAGGAGAAGAAAGACAAGAAAGACAAGAAGAAGCGCAAGACAGAAGAUACAAAUACAAGCGGCACAGUUAAUGGGACUAAUGGCAACACAAAUGGUACUGUCAACGGUUCAACGACAUCCGCGCUUUCUGCCUUACCCGAAGCUGAUAUCACGGCCUUCUUGGACAAGCAUCAGAUCACCGUCAACGAUCCUCUUUCAUCUGACCCUCUCCGGCCCAUAAUGGAGUUCUCCCAUCUACCAUCUUCUGCCAUUGUCGAUAAGAACCCCUUCGCUUCCUUCAAGGCCCCAACACCCAUCCAAGCCGCAUCAUGGCCUUUCGGUUUGUCAGGUCGCGAUAUUGUUGGUGUAGCGGAGACUGGUUCUGGAAAGACCAUUGCUUUUGGUCUACCUCUUAUCUCUUCUGUCCUUGGAAUGCCCAAGUCUAAAGGGGCUGGCAGGAUACGAGCGGUUGUUGUAUCGCCUACCCGAGAAUUAGCAAUGCAAACCAACGAACAGUUGACCAAUCUCGGAGAGCUUGUUGGCUUAAAGACCGUCUGCGUAUAUGGUGGCGCGCCCAAAGACGAACAGAGAUUCCUGCUGAGGAAGGCGGAUGUCAUUGUUGCGACCCCUGGCCGACUGAAGGACUUCUUGGAAGAGGGCGCCAUCAAGUUAGAAGAGGCUAGAUUUGUGGUGCUAGACGAGGCUGACCGUAUGUUGGAUAAGGGAUUCGAAGAUGAUAUCAAGAGAAUCAUCGGGUGCACGCCUAAGAAGGAGGAGCGCCAAACCCUCAUGUUCACAGCGACAUGGCCGCAGAGUGUACAGGCGCUCGCAUCCACAUUCAUGGUGUCGCCGGUCAAGAUCCAGAUAGGCGGAAACGAGAGUGGCGACUUGCAGGCGAACGCGAGAAUUGAGCAGCGUGUCGAGGUUGUGGAUCCUCGGGGCAAGGAAACUCGUUUGCUGCAGCUGUUGAAGGCUCAGCCCAAAAAUGAGCGAGUCCUGGUCUUUUGCUUGUAUAAAAAGGAGGCUACUCGGGUCGAAGGUUUCUUACAGCAGCGCGGCAUCAAGGUGGUCGGCAUUCACGGUGAUCUUAGACAAGAGCAGAGAACUCGCAGUCUCGAGGCGUUUAAGACAGGACAGACACCAGUUCUAGUUGCCACGGAUGUUGCAGCGCGAGGUCUGGACAUUCCCGAGGUCAAGCUUGUGAUCAAUCUCACUUUCCCUCUCACCAUCGAAGAUUACGUUCAUCGUAUUGGUCGUACAGGACGAGCAGGUAAAACCGGUCUGGCUAUCACGCUCUUUACUGAGCACGACAAGGCACACUCUGGAGAGUUGAUCAAUAUCCUCAAGCAAGCCGAACAACCGGUACCUGAGGAUCUUCUCAAGUUUGGAACCACCGUCAAGAAGAAGGCUCACGGCACUUACGGCGCGUUCUUCAAGGAUGUCGACAUGACGCAAAAGGGCACGAAGAUCACGUUUGAUGAUUAA